AUGUUUAGAAGCAGACGGUUAUCUCGUCAGCCAGAAAAACCUGUGAAUUUAGGGGCCCUCGCUGCUGCUUCUGCGAUCGGUAAUGCCAUGUCAGGUAAUGGAAGAACAGUAGAUGCAAAUAAAAUUCCACAAUAUAACACGAACGAUCCAUAUUCUAGGAGGAGUUCAGGUAUAUAUGGCUCAAAUUUGAGUGUUGAUCGAACUUCAUCAAUGAGAUUAAAUUCACUUUCCAAAAAGGAAAAAUCUCCUAGCGUUAGGCAUGAAAAUAGGAAGCGUAAUAACCAGAAUUCUAGCAGGAACAACAGUCUGACUAACAACAAACUUCACACUAGAAAGAGUGUUGAUUCCUUACCAAGAAGUAGUUCUAUGCCUAAUUCACAGCAAAAAAAUAACAUAACGUCUGAGUCGACAUUGCGAAAGCAGAAGAGAAUUAGUUCUGUUACUUCGUCAGUAAGAUACAACAGUAUCGAUAGCGUUAAUAGUAUCAACAGUAACGACACUCGUACAAACAGCAUUAAUAAUAAUAAGCAUAAUAGGAGGAGAACAAGUAAAGCUUCGGACGUAGAUGUAAAGAAAACGUUUCAAGAAUUCGGAGGUGGUCAAGUACCUAACGUCUUGACAAGAAGCACCAGUAUGAUGAUUAAAAAAUAUAUACCGGGUCCAAAUGGGUUGGUUGCAGUUAACGUAGAGGUACCGGUGGAACAACCUGUAACUAGCAAAGUAUUACGUCGUUCAGUUUCUACCGCCAAUUUAGUAAGUAAUUCAAGAGAGCGUGCGUUGACAUCUAAAACCUCUACUCAAUCAUUAAAAGAAACUACCAAAAUGUCAUCUAGGUCUUCAUCAUUAUCAAGCUUAUCUUCUUCAAAAUCGUUGAAGAAAACAGCUCCAAAAGAAUAUACAAUGAAAUACGACUCACCUAAUGACAGGAGAACCUCUUCAUUGAGUUCGCAGAAUAGCCAUUCACCAGUAAGCAAAAAUUUGAAAGCAUUGAAUGAAUCUCAUGAAAUGCAUUCUUUCACUACGAGGCAGCAUAAAACAUUUUCCGAUGACGUAUCUCAACCUUUAAUGGAAUCUGCAUUGGAAGAAGAGACAGAAAUAGAGUUAGAAAAUGAUACUACUAGAUUUUCUGUCAAACCUUCAUUUGAUAAAACUAAUUCUAUAAACCAUCCAAUUAUCGAUCAGUCUGAAAUGAAUUCAGUCGCUGAAUCAAGUACACCCUCGAAGAUAAGCCUUGGUAAAAUAGAAAUUGAAUCCAGUUUGAAGAGUAAGAAUAAGUUUGAAGACAACUCCAAUUAUUUAUUUAGACAAGAAAUUCAAAAUACUAAAGAAGACAAUAACAAUCGAGAUAUUAAACGAGAUUCAAUAAGUACUGUUGAAGAUGACUUAAGUCCAAAAAGGAAAGAAAUGAGACGAUUAAUAUCUGACUCUAUACUAUUAGAAGAAAGCAUGAACGAUACCAAUUCUGAAUUGUCAACAUUGGAAAAAAAUAAUAGUAGCAAAUCCGAAUCUGACUUUAAUAACCAAAGUGAUAUUCAAAAUAAUAUUGAUGACAACAACUCAACUGGAAUUGCACCCAUUGAUAAAAGAAUAUCAAGGAUUUCUGUUACUUCCUCAGAUUACGCAAGUUUAAACGAUGAGAAAAAAGAAAUACUUAAAUUAUUCGAUGAUUUCAAUAACGGUGCUCAAGAGAGCGAUGUUGAAGAUGAAAAUGUAAAAGAAGUAGAAGAAGAUAAAUUAGAAUAUCUAGAUUUAAAUUCAGUUACUUCUACUCUCGAAGAUAGAAAAUCUUUAUCAUCAUCGCAAGAUAGAGAAAAUACAAUUAUAAUUGAAGGAAACGGCAAAGAAUCAAACACUGAGCAAGCUGGUCAGGAUAAAAAAGCUGAGGAGACGGAACAUGAAGAACCAUAUGAUGUUAGCAGUGCUGCUGUUAAUGAAAACUAUCAUACAAGCUAUUUAGAUACAUAUGAUACAUCUACUGAUUCUAAUCGCGAUAGCAAUUUGAUUGCAAUUGACAACAUCUCCAUUGGAGAUAAAUCUGAAGAGAUAAUCCCCUCAAGAGAGGAAGAGCCCAAAAAGGAGACUUCUAAGUUAGCCAAAAAUAUCCGUGAAUCUAGUCCAUUUUUUAAACCGGAUGUUAAAGCUGGGGAAUUAACUUCUGUUGCAGCCUCGAGUAAAAAAAACAAACGUAAUUCAAAGAUUUCCCCAAUUAAAUCUGCUAUGAAAAAAAAUACAUCUAACUUAAAUCUAGUAUUAAAUUACAAUGACAACCCUUCGGCAGCAAAUCAAGCAUAUCUAUCUUUAACAACAGCGGAAAAUACUAGAUUAAAUUCAGGUUUGACAAGUUCUGAAAAUGUUUUACGCAAACCAGCUACGUUAAAAUCGAAUAGAAAUAGUAAAAUUAUCAACUAUCCAAGAAGUCAAUCGAUCAAUUCAGAUAUAAAUGGAUUGAAAACAAAAAAUGAUCCUCAAAUAAAUAUAGAUAGAUAUUCUAAAUCCAAUAUCAACAGUAAUUAUCAAGCUUCACAAAGUGAGCAAGAUAAUAUUCCAAAACGUCACCCUGGUCGUAAACAAAAGAAAACUGUUACCGGAACUCGACAACCAAUACAGAAACAAUCUAAUAGAAUGUCCAUGCAAGCAGCCAAUACGCAGUUGUAUCCGAAUGAACCUGCUCCUAAAAGAUCCAGUUUCGAAAAGCAAAGAAAUAUUGAUUCUAAAAUGGGCUUCAAAAGUAUGUCUCUGAGAGAUAGAUUAGAAAAUGAACAGGGAAGUGAACAGCAAUCUCACCAACAUUCAGCAUUAGCUGACAUUGCUGCAAAUGGAUGGAAAUCAAGAUUUGUUGACUCGGACGAUGAUGAUUCCGACUUUAUGGGCAUUCUCAAUGCUCCUAAACCUUUAUAUAUGGAAGCAGGUACGAUGGAUAGAUCACUUUCAGAGGUCAAUUCUCAGAAGAUAAGCAAUAAAAAAAGUAAACUAUCUCUAAGAUCCGCUAGCAUGGUUGACAAAGUAUCUGGACCAGCUACAAAUGUACAACCUUUCGAAAAACAACCAACGAGAAUGACUAUGAGCUCUCAGAGUUUACAGAAAAAUAAUGAUGAAUACCAAAGUACUCCAGAGAAGAAAACGUUUGGUACAAAGCUAAAGAAGUUAUUUGGUAGAAAGAAGGACAAGUAG